AUGUCUUGCUCAUUUGCACGGAUAUCGGAUAUCAUCAAUCGCAAGCUCGGUAGAAGCCGUCCUUCCGAGUACAACGACGACGACGACAACGAGAAGACGCGGGCUAUAUCCAUCACCACUACUAUCACCAUCACGACGACGGCGACGGAUUCGAUUGGGCACGGCAAUGGCCAAUCUGUUUUCGACCUCAACGUCGCCCUGAUGGUCAUCACUAAUAUCUUGAUGAUUCUGCGAUUGUAUGCUCGUGGCAUUGUGGCCAAGAAUCUUGGAUGGGAUGAUGGGCUGGCUGUUGUAGCCUGGGGCCUUGUCAUGAGCUUUUCUUGUAUAGAAAUCGUCCUCUUGACCAAGGGUGUUGGAUAUCACGUACGGGAUGUGCCGAGAGAGACGUUGCUUCAGCUUUUGUCACUAUUUCCUGUCGACAAGUUAGUUUUCAUCUUGGCUGGUGGAUUUGUCAGGCUAUCAAUCCUUGCUUAUCUCCCUCGCAUCAACAGAGAGAGGUCUUUCAUGACAUGCGUCUAUGGAGUCUUUGUGGCAACCAUGAUCACUGCUGUGACUUCAUUCUUGUUUGUCCUUUUGUCCUGUAGCCCGGUAUCGUAUGUUGAUUCCUUUCUCACCCUCGUAAAACACUCCGAGACUGAGUUUAAUAGAGACGUAUUCGACGCCGCAAAACCAGACAGACAAUGCGUUUCGAAAUAUAGCCUGUCUCGUAUGAUAUGGGCUCACUCGAUCAUGUCCACUAUUCUCAACGUCGUGAUACUCGGCCUCUGUAUAUGGUUUUCAGCGUCAACCAACAAGACACGAACUCAAGUCAUCAAGAUGAUGUUGAUGCUUCUGCUUGGACUGUUUGCCGUCGUUUCAACAAUCACCAGGCUCAUUAUUCUGCUUACAACCAACAUGAAUGUGGACAUAACUUACAACAGCCUUCGAGUAGCACCAUUCUUCCCCCUAGAGAUCAACUCGGGUCUCUGGUGCAGUUGUCUCCCUGCUUUCCAGCCCCUUUUCGAGUGGACCAACAAUCAGUGCUAUAAUCAUUACAACAUGAGGAAAUUAUCUCGAAGCAGCGCCCAAGAGCCUCUGAAUGAUUCUUGGCACAGAGACUACAUGACUGCAAACCCUCACAUCUCAAUCUACGGGCAGCCAAGAGAUUCAAGAGGGAAGAGGAAAGUAUCGAAUGCUGAAUCAGCCACUGGAUUCGCAAUGUUGGAGAAUGAAAGAGGCAUCAAGUUAACUACUGAGUUUUCGGUGCAUGUGGAAGACAGGGUGUAUACUGGAGAAGGGUCAGAAGACAUAGUAUCGAGGACACCAGCGUGGAACGCAUUCUGA